ACAAUCUCAUCAAAUUUCUGGAUGCGGACGGAUUGAUCCUGGCCAGCGUGGACGAGGAAGCUUUAUGCAGCAAUUCGGAUUAUUUCCGGGGGCUGUUAACGGCCGACUUUCAAGAAAAAGCGGAGAAUCGCCGCUCGUUCACGUUGACUGAUGAAGGUGUCUGCACGCGUGAGGAUUUUGUCGAAUUUUUGCACUUCUUGGCCGGAUGCCGUAAUGGCGAAUGUACGAGGGUUCGGUCCGCCGAGAGAUGCGCCGCUUUGUUAGGGCUCGCCGAUCGUUACCUGAGUAUCGAGUUGACAAGUCUGUUAUGCCAAGCACAUGGGCCAGUACGACGGUUAAUGACUGGCUCCAAUCUACCGGUAUUUCUACGAGCCGCACUCUCCACACACAGCAAUAUCAAAUUACUCGAUCUGUGCAUACUUACCCUUCUUCGUCUGAGCAGACCGCUGGAAGUGGAUCAGGCGCUGCAAGUUGUCGCCGAAAGUGCCUUGGUCAUCGACACAUUCCUCGACCAUUUGUCUUCUUUUAUGGAUCGCGCCCAAAAUUCCGAAAGUGAAUGGUGGAUUGAAUUUGAAGUCGUCUACUUCGGACAGCUAUGUUCCCGCAGAAAUGCCAAGCAUCGAUCCGGCGCCAGCCGGCAGCGGCGCCAAGCAGAACGAGCAAUUCUUCCGCACCACCAAGUCGCUCACCAGGUGCCCGCGUUCACCAAUAUGCGAGAGGUGACAGUGCGAUUCCGCGCCCCACCCGGUGAGUACCUCAUCGUCCCCUCGACCUUCGAGCCGUACCAAGAAGCCGAAUUCCUAAUUCGUGCUUAUUCCAACGGAGACUUGAAGCUCACGGAGCUCCAC